AUGAUUAAGCCUAUUGAGAGAAAUUCAGCCCAUUUGCUUGUUUUUCUAGUCGGUUUGGCCUAUAGCGCCAUAAAUAUUAUCCAACCCAAAUUGUUCCGUUUAAAAGACCACGCAUUAACCAAUGCUUUAUUCCUACCAUGCAACUACGCCGUAAUGAUCUUACUACUACUGGCACUACUCUAUCGCACCAAACAGAAGCAGUUAGGCGAGUACCAUAAGAUCCAUGGAGUUUUAUUGAUAAGCGGUAUGAUAUACUUACUAUUAGCCCGAUUAGGAAGUCAUCCAGUUCUAUCUCAAAUUGGAUCUUUAGUCCACCAGUACGUCUUUCUUUACUUCUUAGGAGGUCUAGUGCAAUCUUUGCGCUUCCUCCCGGGUGUAGCUCUACUAGCCCGUGAAGUAGGUCCUAAUGCCCAUGGUGGGUUUAAAGUAGGCUAUUUAGCCUUAAAUGUAGCUAUUUACUCAACGCAUACGUAUAGUAUGGACUUCUUUCGGAGUCAGUUAUCUCUACCGAUAGCAGAUUAUGGGUAUAUUGGUUCAAUGUCGAUCUUUUACUUGGCGAAUAUCUUCUUUAGUGCGGCGGCUGAUCGGUACAAGAUAACCAAGAAAAUGACUAUUAUUUUAGCUCUACUAUCUACUGUGGUUUAUAGUGGGUUCUUUUUGUUGCGAGAUAUGCAGUGUCGGAAUGUUUUGAUUAUUUGUAUGGUCUAUUCUUUGUACGUGAUUUUACUAUCACCAGUCUUUCCUUUGUACGAUGCUUUGAUCUUAGCUCAGUUGGAUAAAGAGCAUCAGGCAACGACUCCGGAGUUGAAGAAGGAGAUCUUUUCUCGGAUUAGAAUGUGGGCUAGUAUUGGUCAUGCUUUUUCUGGGGUGAUUAUCUCGCAUAUUCAUAAGACUUUCCGAGCAGUAGAAGCAGUAGAUAGUCGUAGUGAGGAGGAGUCAAAUAGUUCUUUGUUUUCUGUUUUAAUGGGAGUUCUUAUCUCAAGUAUAAUUUUGUUUGUUUUGAUAACAACUAAGUAUGUGGAUGAAAAAGAUAGCACUAAAGUAACUGGAGCAAAACCAAGUACUACUAGUGAGACAUCUUUAAAUGAGAGUAGUAGUAAGAAAGAGACAGAUGGUGAAGAUAAGGAAGAGAUAGGAGUAGUGAGUAGUAGUAGUGGGAAGAGUAAUAGUAGGGAAUUACUGCUUAAUCCUGACUUCCUUUUCUUGUUGUUUGUGAUUACUUCGAUUGGAGUGACUAGAGGUGUUUCUUCUUAUUAUUUGGUGACGUAUAUGACUGUUUACUUUAAGAAGAAGUUCUCAAGUAUUACGGCUAUCUUUUGUAUCCGGACAUUUAGUGAGAUGAUUAUUAUGUACUCUAGUAAGCCUCUUUUGAAACACUUUGGAUACCAUUGGUUACUUUACUUCUCUUUGAUUGCUGUGGCUGUACGGGAGUUUAAUUAUGCUAUUAUGCCGCAGGGGCAGUAUACAGUGGUUUAUGCGGCUGUUAAUGAAGUGCUUAAGGGUAUUAGUGCUUCUUGCUUGAUAGUUAGUGCGGUGAAUAUUGCUAAUGCAUAUGGGGGGAAGCAUAACAAAGGGUUGGCCCAGGCUUGUUAUAGUGGGUGUUAUAAUGGGAUGUCUAUUCUUAUCUCUUCUUUAGUAGGAAUGGUGGCCGUACGGGUGUUUAAAGACUUCCGAUCUCUUUUCUUUGUUUCUUCUCUUAUUGGGUUUAGUUGUUCUAUUCUGGUGAUUAUCAAGUAUCAAAUUAUUGAUAAGCGUAUUAGAAAGAAGCAUCUUAGCUCAGUCCGUAGAGCCGCUGCUACCAGCUAA